AUGGCAUAUCCUGCGCUAGCUGCCAGACCUCGUCCUCCGGGUACACCGACGAAUGUCUCAUCUCAACCUCAACCUAGUGCCAGUCGACGGCGAGAUAAACCUCAACUUUCCUGUAAUAGUUGUCGACGCCGCAAGAUUCGAUGUGAUCGUCAACGACCCUGUAGAACCUGCUCCUGUAGGGGUCAGGAUUGUGUCUAUCCAGAAACCAACGACACCAUCCCACCUCCAAAGGUCACAUCUAGUGGCGCUCCCAAUAUAAGUCUGCAAGAUCGUCUAGUCCACCUCGAGCAAUUGGUUACAAUGUUGGGGUCAUCGGAAAACCGAACGAGUCAGAUCGGUACGCCUGCAAACAUACCUACGCCAAUUGACGAUCGCUCAGAGACGGGGAGUAUGCGGUCAAGCGCUAUGGAACACCAGUAUGUCGGCAGUGAACACUGGUCAGCGAUCAUGGAGAGUAUUGCCGAUUUGAAAGACCACUUCGAUCGAGAGGAACAGUCCAAGCUGGCAGAAAGUCCAACAGCAGAUUACUGCUUUGAAGACCAAAGCUCUUUCACCCAACGCCGAAGGUGGCAGCGCCCCUUGCUUUUGUACGGAUGCCAACCUGCAGCUUCAAGGUCAGAAAUCCUGUCCACCCUGCCGCCAAAAAACGCAGUAGACCGCUAUAUAUCUCGGUAUUUUAACCGUCUAGACCUCGUCUCUUCCUCGUCCGUCCAUGGCCCAACGUUUCUCAAAGAGUACGAACAAUUCUGGCGCGAUCCCAACGACACUUCCACAAUGUGGAUCGGUCUUCUUUUCAGCAUGAUUUGCUUAGCUGUCAUCGCAUCAGACCCUUCCACUGACGCAUCUGAAGAUGGCCACCAACAGCUGCAAAUAGAACUGUACCGAGAGAAACUGGUACAAUGUCUGCUGAUGGGAGAGUAUACUCAAGGUGGCGACUAUGCGCUAGAGACUUUCAUGAAUUACGUCUACGUUGAAUUCAGGAUACAUGACGACGCGCAGAGGGAUGUUUGGUUCUUGCUUGGCCUCGAAGUCAACCUAGCCAAACGAAUGGGGUACCACAGAGAUCCCAAACACUUCCCGGAAAUCACCCCGCUAAAGGCAGAGAUGAGGCGCCGAGUAUGGGCAACCGUACUACUGGGAGACAUCUUGAUCUCAGGUCAGAUGGGAAUGCCCCGCAUGGUACGAGAUGGUGAGUUCGACACAGCCGAGCCACGGAAUUUGAACGAUGAAGACCUGCACGGAGAAAUGACAAGCCUACCACCGCCAAGGCCAGAGACAGAGCAUACAACAGCCCUGGGGAUCAUUGCUCGAAGGAGACUUCUGAUCGCUCUAGGGACCAUCUCCGACCUUGCAGCAUCCCUCAGCCCAAGUAGUUACGCGGACAUAAUGCGACUUGACGGGAUUCUUGAGCAGGCAUACAACAACAUCCCUCUACCACUCCGCAUGAAGUCUAUGGCCUCCAGCGUCACCGACUCCCCCCAAGUAAUCAUGGCCCGCCUUUUCCUUCGCCACAUGUUUUGCGAGGGAAAAAUCAUGUUGCAUCGUCGGUUCCUCUUCGCAAAAUCGACUAUAGAGCAUGAUGACACGUACUCAUACUCAAGGACAGCUUGUCUUGAUGCAGCUCUUGGAAUGCUACAGAUCCAACAAACUCUAGACGAAGAAACGUGCCCCGGCGGCCAGCUCUUCAUGAUGCACUGGAGGGUAGGAUCUAUCAUGAACCACCACUUCUUGACAGCCACCAUGGUCCUCUGUUCGCUGGUUUAUCAAAGGCAAACUUUGGGCCGAGAGAACGAGAUAUUGACUGCGUUGAGGACUGCUCGCAGCAUCUGGAUGAGAAAGGCCGAAGACUCAGUUGAAGCGAAGAAGGCAUCACAAGCAGUUAGCAUCGUCCUUGCGCGAGCUGGAGGUCCGAGGUUCGAUGCUACCCUUGUAGCUGACCGGCCUAUCCAACUGCUUUCAGAGCCUAUCGCAAAUUCGAAAGAUGCUUUUCUGGAAGGUCUUGUUGGAGAUCAAGUCAUGCUUGAUGAGCACAUAUUUUUGACCGAGGCUUUCAUGUCAGAUGAAAGGGAGAACGGCAUGGACUUUUUCUCGCCUUUCAAUCGCCUUCCCGACGAGCUACCAACAGGUAGGCUCUGCAGCAAACAAUCUGGAGGCCCAGCAAGUCAUGGGGACUCAACUAUAAGUGAAUGGGUGAUUAUGGGUGAUCAAGGACAGUAUCAGUGA